GGAGGAUAUGGCUGUUUCUCUUGGCUUCUAACUCCAUUGUCCCGACCUGAUACCCCUGCUGAACACAAUUACAAUCAUGCACAUAAGUCCACGCGGAAUGUGAUAGAAAGAUGUUUUGGAGUGCUGAAAUCUAUGUUUCGGUGUCUGGAUAAGUCUGGUGGCCUUUUGUUGUAUAGUCCCUCCAAGGUGACUCAAAUUGUGUUCUGCUGCUGCUUUCUUCAUAACAUGUGCCACAUGUUGAGGAGGAGGAGGAAGAAAGCAGCCUGCAAGCAGAGGAAUUAGAGACAUCUGUUGAUACUUGGAGUACUGAUGUAGGGAGGCAGGUUAGGCAACAGAUCAUCAAUCGCUAUUUCUAAGCUUCUAGUCCUGGGAACAGCAUCCCUCCGCAACAACAGCAACACAGUGACAUGGAGGAGACAAACAUCUUAGAAAUGCAGCCAUUAAGGCAAGGAAUGAGCCCCCCAGCACCUGUGAGUACACCACCACAGCAAAGCACACCACAACCACUACACAGCCCAACAACACCAGGAACACAAGGCCCUGAUCAGAUGUUUUGGUCCAUUUGGGCUAGACAGCAGGCCACUAAUGAAGAUUGCCUGCGUAAGCAGACACAAAUGUUUGCAAGCCUACCAUCUCACCUCAGAAGAAUAUCAAGAAAUCUGAGUAGACAAAAUGAACAAACAACCAGAAUAGGCAAUACCAUGGAACUCAUGCGUACAGACAUUACACAGGUCAUGGGCAACUUACAGCGCAUAAUGGAAGAACAGCACAGACUAAUGGUAGAACAGCACAGACUAAUGGAAGAACAGCACAGACAACAGCAAAGUUAUAUGAACAUUUUUCAAAACACUCAAAAGAUUAAUGAAAGUUUAUUCCGAAUAGUAGACAAUCAAAAUGCUGCUACACGUGAACUCAAUGCCACCCUCACUAACCUGAAUGAAACUCUCAGAUGCAUGCACCAACAGCAAACAAGCAGCAGUUCUGGUACGACUACUCCAAAUAUCACGCCAGUCUCAUCACCACCAAGACGCUCCACCAGAGCACGACAACAUGACAGUGCUAAAGGCAAAGGGCAGGACAAGCAGCCACCAAAAAAAUCAUGAAAAAAAUACAAGUUAGACAUUUGUGAUAAGUAACUGAAUAUAGGUAUUAAGUGUAUUUUUGGCAAAAAAAUAUAUAACACUUAGCUCCUUGACAAUUUUUACAACAUCAUUAAUUAUAAGUGGUACAAACAACAACAUAAAAUUUGUACGCACAUUUAUUCUUUACCAUUUUUUUUUGUAUUGGAGGAGGGAAAUGUUGAUGGAGCCACACAUACAUGUUAGCAGGAAGUAAACUGACCACUUGAUUUUUUUCUAAUCAUUACUCUUUCUAGAUUCCAAUCAUUCUCUUUUCCUGCAGACACAAUAAUUGCCAGCCAGGCAGAAUGUCUUUAGCAGGAAGUAAACUGACCACUUGAUUUUUUUUCUAAUCAUUACUCUUUCUAGAUUCCAAUCAUUCUCUUUUCCUGCAGACACAAUAAUUGCCAGCCAGGCAGAAUGUCUUUAGCAGGAAGUAAACUGACCACUUGAUUUUUUUCUAAUCAUUACUCUUUCUAGAUUCCAAUCAUUCUCUUUUCCUGCAGACACAAUAAUUGCUAGCCAGGCAGAAUGUCUUUAGCAGGAAGUAAACUGACCACUUGAUUUUUUUUCUAAUCAUUACUCUUUCUAGAUUCAAAUCAUUCUCUUUUCCUGCAGAC